UCACAUUUCCAGAGCCUCCCAGGAGCCUCACACGAGCCUCACACACACACACACACACACACAGAGCGACCACAUACGCUGGCUCAGGCCUGGACACAGAUACAGUUGGCUGCCAAUUCCUAAUCAGUGCACCGUUGUGUGAGGCCUCAGUUUGCCAUAUCGCUUCUUUUUAACAUUGACAUGGAGCUCCACAGUUUGCAUAGAAUCUUCCACCCCAACCACCUGGGUGAGGAAAAGCAACAGAUGCUGAACCUAAAUCGACGUCUCGAGACCUACCUGAACCGAGUUAAACUCCUAGAGGAGGAAAACGCUCUGCUUGCAAAGGAGAUCCAAGUUAUAAGACACAAUAAUCAAGGAGCUCUGACACACAAGAAAGGCCUGGAGGAAGAGCUGCGGCAGGCAAGACUGGAGGUGGAUGCAGUCUGGAGAGACAGGGUCCUCACAGAGGUGGAAGUUGGCAAGUUGACUGAGGAGCUUCAAGCCCUGGACCUGCAGAGACAGAGGGAGGCUGAAGCCCAAGUGAAGGCCAGGACAAAGCUGGAGCAAAGCAGGAGGGAGUUGGAAGAGGAACAGAGGGCACAGAUCUGGCUGAGAGAGAAGGUCAACCAGCUGGAGUAUGAGAUGAGACUCCUGAUCCAAACGCAUGAGGAGGAUGUAGCCCACCUGGAAGCCAAACUGACCAAUUCUAGAGCCACAUUAUCGCAUGCAUUUGCUCAAAAGGGCAACCAGACACCAAAUCUCCUUCAGCUGGGACAUGAAUAUUCCCAGAGUGCCACCAGAGCAUGGCAGGAGGCAGCAGAAGCCUAUCAGGGUCAAUUGGCUCGGCUAGAGGAGUCACUUAACCAGGCCAGGAGCCGUUUGACCCAAGUGGGCCAAGAGAAACGUGAGAGCCAGCUGAAGCUCCAAACUCUGGAGAAGGAGAUCGUUUCAGCUCAGGAAAUCAGGCAGCACCUGGAGAAGACUGUUGCCCAGCAGACAUGCAAACAUAGCCAGGAGAUCCAGCAGCUCCAGGAGCACUUAGAGGCCUUAGAGGUGGAGAAACAGGAGCUUGGCCACCAGAUUGAUCACAUCGUCAUGGAGAACCGAGGCCUGCUGCAGCUGAAGAUGUCUCUGGGUCUCGAAGUAGCAACAUACAGAGCUUUGCUGGAUAGUGAAAGCCUGAAGGGAGAUGUGUCUUUGUUAAAUCAGCCAAGAAGCAUUUCCAUCACAGACACAGUUUUCAGUCCUCGUGGGGUUAAAAAGAAUUACCAGACGCAGCUGUCUGCUAGCCGCAAGACCACUUCCCUCUCAUCUGUUCGCAGCAUUCCAGAACCAACAGUGAUGUCUGCAAGUCCACCUUUAAAUAGAAAUCCUGUAACCUCAUAUGAAAUGCAGAAGAUUUCGGGGAAAUCUGCUGAUACUGAUGCAACAAAGGCAGCAACAUGGGAAACUCCUUAUCCAAAAAUACUGCACGAUGGAGCUGUUGAAAAUUUCAGACCGCAAGAGGUUUCUGAAAAAGUAACGUAUGCCGAGCCUUUGUCGCCUCCUAAUGAGCCAGAAGCUAUUGCUAAAACACCAUCAGGGGAAGAUGAAGAGGACUGGAACAAUGGUGAUGUUGAAUGCUCUGAUGAAAGACCAGUUGUUGAGUCAGUUGUCAGUUGCCAGCCUGAAUCUGCCCUCAGCACUGGGCAGUCAUUCAAUGAUGAAGACGGCAAUAACCAGUUUGCAACACCCAGCCAUACUCUAGACCAUGCAAAUGUGACAGGUGCGCCCUGCAGUUUGCCUGGUGAAUCUGUUGAGGAUGUGGCUUUGGAAGAGGAUGCUGGAAAAGAAGAAAUGCAGCAGCCACCAGCUCCACUUGAUGCAUGGGUAAUGGAAGAGUGUAUAAACAAAGACAUAGAUCAUUUUCAAGAGGAGUCUUCAGAGUCUGAAACUGAGGCAGUGCUCGAACCAACAUCUGAAUCCAGGCCCAGCAGCCCAGAAUCUGAAUGUGAGCCUGCAGAAAGUGUUUUUAACCAAAUGGUCAAUGAAAAUUUAGAUGAAAAUCCUUCAAAUGAUGGUGAUCCAACUGAUAUAAAACAAGAAAAAAGUAGUUCUAUGGUAGGAAUAAAUCAAAUGGAUGUCGAGGACAAACUGUACCCUGAUGGAGAAGAGAUGGACACGUGGGAUAGUGUAAUAGAAAGGAAGAUUGAUGUGAAGAGAGAUGAUGGCAUUACAAAUGAUGGAAGAAAAGGACAACAUGCUGAACCAGAGGAAGACAUAUCAGCAAGAGAAGCAGUAAAUGAGCAGAGAGGAGGGAUUAGGAAAGAUUUUGCUACAGUUGAACAGCAAGACAACAUUGUGACUUCUUCCCUGGUAGACACACAGGCAGAUAACAAAGAGCACGUGGCAUUAGAGCAAGAGCUUGCUCUGCCUCCUAACAAUGAAGAAGAAGAUGAUAAAGAAGACUCUCAAAAUGUCUCUAUGUCUUGGAGGACUGAGUUAGAGGGUGACAGUUACGCUCAGGAUAACACUCUGGCUGACACUCGUCCUCUGAUCCGAUACAAAAGUGAUGAGACUGAUGCCAACACUCAGGUGUCGCACAUGGAUGAGAGUGAGUCCAGCGAGGGUGAGCAGGAAAAAAAGACUGGAGAGACAGGAACUGGAACUUGGAGUGAAAGUAAGUCAAAGAAGUUUGGAACCAUGGAAGAUCUGUGUGAAGAAGUUGAAGGAGAAACAAUGGAUGAUGAAUAUAAUCUGGGUUACACUCACAUCAAAGAUGGAGAUAUUGAUGAUACAACUGUCAAUGAGAAUGCUACACAGGUGAAUGAUAAAGAAAGUGCAAAAGAAAUGAUAGGAGAUAGCAGUGAGGGGCAUUCAGAUGAAGAAACUGAAGAACUAAUGGAAGACACGGUAUGCACAAACGCAGACCACGAUGAGGAGUUGGAGACAGAUAAACUUGUGGAACAGGAAUUAGAAAAUCUGUGCACAGACAGCUACAAUGCUCACUUUGCACAGCAGCAAGUUAGUGAGCAGCUACUACACCCGAAUGACAAGACUGUCCAGGAAAUGACAGAGGAAGAAGAGAACAUAUCUGCCUGUGAGCCUGGACUGACGGUGAAUCACGAACUUGCAACUUCCACUACAAUUAUAAAUCAAACAUCUGAAAACUUAAGUUUCAGGGAGUCAUCAGUUGUGAUGCCUCAAAUAGACACUGUGGCUAUAGAGGAAAUCCAAUGUGAAGCUCAAGAAACUAAAGAUACCCCAGAGAAAAGAGAGGAAGAAAAUGAGCCCAGUGUGUCCAUGGUGGCGCGUGCUGAUGUCACAGAAGAUCAAUCUGGAUUUAAUGACUUCAUGAACAGACUUGAGACAGAAGAAAGCAACGAUUCAGAGGAUUCAAACUCUGUGUUAUUGGUGACAGCAGAUGAAAUGAAAAAUGUGGAGGAUAUGACAGCCCCCACUGAGGAAAAAGAGGCUUCACCUCUGGAAGCUACCAGUCACCCUCAAGAACACCUAGAUGAGAAUGUUGAAGAGUGUCAAGAGCUUCCUGAAGCUGAAUGGGAAGUCCUAGAAAACCCAAGAGAAGAUUUUAAAAUCAGAGCUCAGAUUGAACAUGAUGAAAAAAGUGAGAAAGUGCCAGAAAGCACUAAUGAGGGGUCUAUUACACAUCAGGAGGAGUCCCUUGAGAUUCCUCCUGAAAGGACACCUGACGAAAAUGCUUUUUUUAAGGUGAAGGAUGCAACAAACAACGGACUUAAUGAUUUCUUUUCCUCUGGAGUAAAGAAUGACUUCUGGGUGUCCUCCUUGGAGAGCGGUGCCACCUGUGAACCAGAUGAUGCCUGCAAUGAAAAUGAUGAGCAAAUUAAUGAGAAUCUGGGAUUUGCUGACAACCUAGUUUGGAAGAUUACAGAAAACCAGAACGUGUUUAAUGGAAAGUCCAAGGUGGAUACUGACUCAUCGAAAACGUUGACCUUGAAGAAUGAGCAGGAACAAAUGCAUAGAGAAGUAAAGGAGGUGUUGAGUAGAAAUGCUAGUGAGGGGGAGUUGGUACAUUCUGAGGAGUCUGAAGUUGAGGCUGAAUUGUGGUCAUCUGGGGAGGAACCAGCAUAAAAAUUCAUGGCGUUUUAGGUGUAAUGUAGUGUUAGUCAAAAGUGUGUUUUCUGCAAAACCAAAGUUGUGCCUUGGUGCGCUCCUCAGUGACGCUAACCACCAAUGUGCCAAUUCUCUCCACAAAUGUACUGAGCAUGCCCUUUUUCAAGUUUUCCUCAUUCCUAGUUGUUUAAAGGUUUCAGUCUUUCAUGUGCAUGUUAUGGAAGAAGAUUAGGAGUUUCUGCAUGAGGGAGCUGCAUGAAGACAGAACAAAGAAUGUCAUUUGAAAGUCAAAGCAUUUAUUGAUUGCUGGUUAAUCUGAUUUUACUGACUAAUGGGAAUCAAUAAUAGCAGAAGGGUAGGAUUACUUGUAGAGCUACUGUUUUAAAAGCACGGCAGACAGCUAGUGUUUCUGCUGGUGAUUUAUUUCAUUUCACUAGACAACAGUUGACUUGUUGCAUGUUUUACACAUAUAGAAUGAAUGAAUGGUGGUAAAAUCAGUUUAGAUAAGCAGAUAGUUGUUUUUUAUUUGGCUGAUCUGUAAGAAAUAAAGGUUUAAAGGAUUUUUUUCCCCCAGCCAUGAAAAUGUUUAAUACACUGCGGUACAUUUACAGUUCAAAAUAAACUGUAGC